ACGCCCACAGCACUAUAUCCCUUAAUUUUGACAGACCGAAGACAACAGUUUUUUGGUGUAGAGCUGAAAGAUGGAAUUAGUGUAAUGUGUAAUGGGUAAUGCGACGACCAACCCAACAACACAACUCUACAGAGAUGAGAGAACUCAAACGGCUAUUUUCUAUGUCUACUGCUCUUCUCGUGGGUGUGCGUAUGUGGCGUCGUGGCGGUAGGGCAUGUGCUGGUGCAAAGUAUCUGUGUCGCUUCUGUCUUUCGGGUUUACGCAAGAUGGCGUUCAUGGCGUUCAUGGCGUUCAACGGGCACGUGGUGGCUUUACCUGUCUUUCUAUCGAAAGUGUCCGGCGGGUUUCAGCUCAACGCCCUAUCACUAUUCACGGAACACUCGUAUCACAGCGAAUUGAGAUGAAGCUAGCCCCAAUUCAUAGGUUGGCGUCCGGCAGCGAGUCGAGAUUCAGCCAGCCUCAAUUCCUUGGCCGUUCCGCCCCUUACUUGCAAAGACUAAACAUAUAUACA